CGCAGCGGGCCCUGGUGGAGGUGCUGGGGCCUUACGAGCCUCUGCUGAGCCGGGUGCAGGCAGCCCUGGUGUGGGAGCGGCCAGCCAGGAGCGCCCUGUGGUGCCUGGGGCUGAACGCGGCUUUCUGUGGUUUGAAGACUGUCUCCAGAGAUUUUAGUAAUUAUUAUUGGGGUAGAUGCGUGAGGCGUGCGAUCUUGAAAAGGUAUACAUAGGUGUGAUAAGAAAACACGCUUGAAUGAUCUGAAUUAGCAUGUUAGACAGACAUCCUUUCGCUCACUCAGGAAGUUUGCAAAGUCUGAGCUUCCGUGAGAGCCUCCAUAGCUGCAACUUGAAAGAAAACUGUAAGCUUGUAAAGAACAGUUAUGAAAUAGUGAUGGUGAGAUUUCCCCCGUUUCAAAGCCACUUAUGACUGCAACUCCUCCCUGUUCCAAGGACUUAGAGAGGCAUCCUUAGCCGCGGUUUAUAGGCAGGGAAAUUUAAGGUGUCAAAUCGUGUGUGUUUUCCUGAGCUGGAGAAGUGGGGCUAUAAACACUGUAAGGAUGGGUCUGUCAUGCUCUGUGAAGAUGGAACUGCUGAUUCUCUGAGUUGUCAUCGUCAAAAGUGGACUUAGGUCUUCAUAAGAUCUGCCAAGUAGAGCUUGGAUUUAUUCAUAAGUAGGGAAGUAUUAUUGAUCAGACUCCAAGGGAACUGGUGCGUAGGGGGGCUGAAUGACAUAAAGCUGUUCUGGAUAAGCUUGAAACAGAGCAAAGUGUGUGUUUCCACAACAAAAUUGUUUUUGCUAAAAAUAGCUUUCUUCUUUAAAUUCUUGGUUUUAAAACCAAAACGUUUAUUAUCCUUUGUCUGAAAGAAGAUUUUCAGUGAGCUGGUGCAAAACAAAUAAUUCCAGGUUCAAUGAUAGGAAGACACACUGUGGAACUUAUUACAUCAAUUCUCUCACAGUUUGAAGGAGACUUAGGUUAGAGGUGUCACAGCAUUUGUAUCUUGAGCAAACUUGAUGAUAAACUUUUCCUGCAGCAUUCUUCAUUUAUUUUUGUUAGUGCUUCUUCAGCUUGAUCCCCAGGUACCUACUUCUUUCCUGGGCUCUCUGUCAGAAACCCUUAACUGUAGCAUCUCAUUCUGGAGCAGUUUCCAAAAUGACCUUUUUUUCUUUUCCUCUCGCCUUCCCAUCCCAACCUCUAACCUCAGACCAUUUAAUCAAAACUUUAUUUCCUACAUUGGGAUUGUACUCCUAGGAAAAAAGUUGAUUAUAAACCACUUUGUGUUAGAGUGUGACUGACUGAUAUAUAAAAACUUUAUCAAGAUUUAAAUGAAUCCUGAUAAACCAAGGGUUUAUUAAUCCAAAUAGAUCUGUAGCAUGUAUGCUGUUAUUUUUGAGGAGAGGGCUUUCCACAUGCCCCUUGCCUGAGAGAGAUUUUUGAAGUAGAAUGUGGGGUUGAGGUCUGCACGUAAGGAGCUGCUCUGAGACACAUCAUUAAAUGUUUUAGGUAUCUUUAAUUUGCUGACUCCCAAUAGUACUUACUUAAGUUUACUAAUAUUGCUAUGUUUAGAAUCUCUCUCAGAUCCCCUUUUCCUACUGAGUCUUUUAAAGCAUUGGUGUGAUUGGUCUUUAUCUCUGGCAUUUCCUGGUGGCUUGCCUGCUGUGUAUCCAGAAUGCAGUUACUCUUGUUACAUUCCCAUCAGGCUCUAAGUAGCUGGGGGAGAGAUGUAGCAAAAUGAGGGUGUGACUCUUGAGAGUGAGGGAGUAAUUGGGAUGCCAUUUAUGGAGAGGAUUCACACCUGUGAAGGAUACAGAAUGACUGACCCUGGAGCCCAGGUAUUAGAAGACUGAGUAGGAGUACAAACAAAACGUCAGAAUUCAGGUUCUUUGCCCUGACAUCCCUUCGUCUUGUGUUUUUACUUGCAUUCAGCUCAAUGAUCAUUGUGUGUAUAGAUCAAUGGAAGAACAAAAUCUGGCCUGAAAUAAAAGUGCCAAGACCCGACGCAUUAGACAAUGAGAGCUGGGGCUUUGUGCACCCUCGGCUGCUCAGCGUGCCCGAGCUCUGCCACCACGUAGCUGAAGUCUGGGUUAGUGGGACCAUUUUCAUAAGGAAUCUUUUGCUUUUCAAAAAGCAAAACCCAGGCAAGUUCUGCUUGCUGAGCUGUGGGAUACUGACCUUUUUGGCUGUCUUGGGCCGCUACAUCCCUGGGCUCCUGCUCUCCUACUUCAUUCUUGUCACUGUCAUGAUGUGGCCCCUUGCCGUGUACCACCGACUGUGGGAUCGAGUGUAUGUACGGCUGAAGCCAGCUCUGCAGCGGCUGGACUUCAGUGUCCGUGGCUACAUGAUGUCCAAGCAGAGAGAGAGACAAUCAGCCUUGAGAAGAAGGUGGUGUCAUCCUUUUCUGGUUGAGGAAACUGAAGCACACGUGCGCCGCAGAGCUCUACACCCAGGACGUGCCGUGGACAACCACAGUGACAGCGAAGAAGAGCUCGCUGCCUUCUGUCCUCAGCUGGAUGAUUCUACUGUUGCCAGGGAAUUGGCCAUCACGGACUCUGAGCACUCGGAUGCUGAGGUCUCCUGUACAGACAAUGGCACAUUCAAUCUUUCGCGGGGCCAGACACCUCUAACAGAAGGCUCUGAAGACCUAGAUGGUCACAGUGAUCCAGAGGAAUCUUUUGCCAGAGACCUUCCAGACUUUCCUUCCAUUAAUGUGGAUCCUGCUGGCCUGGAUGAUGAGGACGAUACCAGCAUCGGGAUGCCCAGCUUGAUGUACCGUUCCCCACCAGGGGCCGAGGAGCCUCAGGGCCCCCGUGCCAGCCGGGCCGAAGCUGCACUGCCAGAGCUUCUGCUUGGUGCCCUGCCUGCAGGAUCCAACCUUACCAGCAACCUUGCUAGCCUGGUCUCCCAGGGAAUGAUCCAGUUGGCCCUGUCAGGAGCCUCCCAGCCAGGCCCUUCUGGCCUACCUCCCCAGAGAGCCACAAGAGGUGUCCUCCGGGCCCCCAGUUCAGACCUGGACACUGAUGCUGAGGGGGAUGACUUUGAACUUCUGGACCAGUCGGAGCUGAAUCAGCUGGACCCUGCCAGUUCCAGGAGCCACUGAGGCAGAGACUCCCUUUGGGGGUCACUGUGGUUUAGGUUUUUUUUCUCCCCAUUCCACUUAAGGUGAAGGGGCAAGGGAAGAACCCAGGUCCCUGAAUUAUAUAUGUGUGCUCAGUGGCCUGGCUGAUGCUCAGAGGCCUGCUGAGAGAGGAUACUCACUUCCCUGCUACCAGCUGGACACUCAUUUCUGAGCUCAAGUCACUGAAGUGAGAGUGUGUUUCCCUGAGGGACACUUCUCUCAAUCAGGAUGGUGGUACUUUUGGGGAACAAAGUAGUCAGGGGUGUUGGUUCCCUUUUGAGGGGAUGCUGCUGUGUGCUUCUAGGUAUGGGUGCGCAGAGGCCCUCAGUGAUAGAUCCCUUCCCUUCCUUCCUUCCUCCCUUUAUCAUCUCCCUAGAGCUCCAGGUCAGGCAGCUGGAAGAGUUAUACUGUCAUCCUCCUCCUCUUUUGCUAAGCCACGAUUUGAUUUGCCUUUUUCUAAGCAAGCUUGUCCUUUGGUUCUGCAGAGCAGGCCUACUCCCUCUGCCCCAGCCCACCCUCACUUCUUGAGGCCUAACCCCCAGUGCUCCAACAUACUGCUUGUGAAAUUUAAGAAUGUGAACAUGAGGUAGGGGUGGGCCUCUUCUGUAUUACUUUGGGCCAUGGGGUCAGCUGGCUGGGAGGGUGAGCGCCUCUGUAUCUCAUGGUCUCACUGAAUCUUUUGGAGCUGCCUGGUUGUUUUUGGUGCUGCUAACCCCUGGCUCCAUUUGCCCAUCAGCCUGAGCAAUGAGCAGAGCAAUACCAUACCAUACCCAUUUUCAUGUUCCUGUUCUUUCCCCUGCUCCUCCUUUGGAGAAGCAAUAAUCCCACACGGGCGAUGUCAGAGUAGCACUUUACAAAUGGCUCAGUGGCAUUCAUCCCAGGAGCCACCAGCUCUUCUUGCACCAGCUAUUCUUACUCCCUGUUCAGCUCCUUUAAUAAUUUUGUUUUUAAAUGCUUCCCUGUUUGGCAGGGCCUCUUUUAAGGAUAAGCCCAGUUAGCAAGAAUGUGUCUGUAAUCAGCAGAGACCCCUGUAAGGGGGUUCUGCUAAAAUCUGCCCCUAUUAAAAUCAUGUGAGACAAAAACUAAAAAUGCUCGUUAGUUCUAAACCUGUGCCUCCCCAAUCAGAGCUCAAGCUGAACUCUUCUAUGCUCUUUCCCUCUGCAUUAACCCUUUGCUGAUCCUCAGGGACCACUCCUCCAACACCCCUAUACCUGGGUGAGGGAUGUUGGACAGAGCCCAUUUUCACGUGCUGCAGGUGGGAGUGUGCUAACAUGUUUGCUCUUGGUUGAUGGACAAGGUAGAGGCCAGAGAGUGAAAACAGUCAACGGUGAGAAGGGAGAAGAGUUAGUUAGGCGUCUGACUCCUAGUCACUUCCCUUCGUGUGAAGGUUAGGGUGAUAGCUUCUCCCAACUUUAGGGUUCUCAAACAGACUUUGGACACCUCUCUUCUCAGAGUACAGAUGUCUUACAGGUGAGCCCUGAUGUAGAAAUAAACAGGAGGUAUGGGAAAGGAGUGGGAUUUUGUGUGUUUGCAUGAGUGUGUGUAGCGUCAGGCCUUGGGAGUUGGCGAGAGGGAGGGAGGGAAGGAAGGAAGGAAGGAGAGCAAAAUCUUUGGAAGGUGUUUCUUGUAGCUGUGGAUCCUGCUCUGAGUCUCCUUAGUCCUCCACUGUGAAUUGGGAUGGGGAUGAGGGUGGGAGGGGUGCUGGGG